ACACAGUAGGUACACGCAACCGAUGCGUGAACAUCAACGUCACAGCAGACCUACGGCGAAUGGCCGGUUUAUUAGAAACUGGAUAAUGUGAACAAAGCGUGCAAUGUUUAUCGUUUGUUAUUACUUAUUAUAAGGACUUUGGCUUGGGCUUUGACUUUCAUUUAAUCAUUAUAUCAACGACAGCGACACAGAUUGCAUCUGUUUCUUAUAAAAAUGUCGGAGGAAAAGUUCGAAUUACGUGUAGUUAAUUAUAUGAGCCCCACGCAUCCCGUGGAGUUGUACGAGUUGAUUCUGGAAUUGUUGGAGGACGCCGUAGACUGUCAUGCUGUUCUACAAUACGAGAGUCGGAGUCCCGGACCGAUACCUGGACGCGCUGACCCAUUUAGCAAUAACAAAAUUGAUCUCGCGUUCAUGACUGCGGCCGCAUACAUGAAGUUACGUGAAAAGAAAAAUGAGUUCGUCGAGCUGCUUCCGGUCACCCCGGUGUUCGCGCAUCAGAUGAAUGUGGAGAAUAAACCCGGAUACUUCUCGGACAUAAUCAUACACUGCGAUAAAAAAGCACACAAUGUUAACACUUUGCUGGAUCUUAGAGGAUGCACUUUCGCAUACAGCAAUGAAGAAUCUCUGAGCGGCAGUAAAAUUGUGUUGAAAACUUUGAAAGGAAAAGGAGAAAACGCUUCUUUCUUUGGAUCUCUUUUAAAAUCUGGAUCACAUUUGGCGUCCGCGCAAAUGGUGUUGUCCAAACAAGCCGAAUGGGCUGCAGUUGAUUCAACAACUCUACUGUAUUCGAAAAAGUUUAUGCAGGACGGCGGGAAAGAGAUCAUCACCUUGGAGACUCUGGGUCGUUUGCCGCCUUACCCUAUUGUGGUAAAUUCUAGAUUGCCAGAUAGCAUAAAAAAUGCGAUUAGCAAAGCGCUGCUGAGUUUACCACAGUCGAUCGAGUGGAAGAGACAAUUUGCCAAGUUCGGCAUUAUAAAGUUCGACAAUAACUCCGAUGGUGCGUACGAUGGGCCGCCUGCACAGAUGUGGUCCAUCCAGAACGAAAAAUUCAAUGUUAGAUAUUAUUAGACUGUUCCUAGUCAUAAGUUUAGUUUACGUUUUAUAUAUUCUCUAUGUUGAUUACACACCAAAAAACUAAUAAAAACUCCCACUAUUUAAGAAAAAUAUAUUGAAACAACAACUCAAUAAAAUA